CAAACUCAUGUAGCUUAGGAUUAACAUUGGUCCUUGCUGCGCUGGCCAGUGCAUGAGAUCUUUGAAGCUGCUCCCGUCCCGGUCACGCUCCGUCGCUCCAUCGAACCUUCUUGCAUCACAAGACAAAGCAACGACGGCCACCACCAUCACUCAUCGGCGACAGUGGCCUAUCCACCGAUUACCAUCUUGUUUUCCGCUUACCUGCCUUCUGCAUCAGCAUCAUACUCAUUCCUUUUUGGAGCUGAUCUUUCUUUUUUUCCAACAGCCAGGCGCAAUCUGUUCCUGUUGUUCUCCGCUGCUCGCGCUUGCCUCUUCCCCUAGACGAAUUUCCUCGUGCCCCAAUCAAAACCGGCACCUUAUCUAUACAACAGUCGCACCUUUUCUCGUCCCUGCUCUCCCUUCUCCGUCGUCAUGCCGGGAAAGACUCCCAGUAGCAACGGGAAUGAGCCGCUCGAAAACGGUGUCAGGAACGGACAAGACGUCGAAAUGAAGGACGGGAAGUCCAAGGGCAAGAAGGGUGUCAAGGACAGCGAAGAAGAGAUGACUGUUGUUGUACCGCCCACGAAAGGCUCGAAACAGUCGUCUGGCGGUCCAACGCCCGAUACCGAUGAAGAUACCACCAUGGAUGAAGAUAAGGUCAAUGACGAGGCCGUUAAGGUCGACCCAGUUGCCCAGACUGUAGCUGAAAUAAAGGGCAACUUCGCCUUGCUGGACCGAGCCGUUGCCUUAUUUGAUGCCCGAUUUUCUCUCCGAGCACUGCGGUCCAUUUCGCUGUUCCGCAAGCGCCUCGACCCGGAUAUCAUUGCCCAAGCCAUCGUGGAUACUUUCCCUGCGAUGGUCACAUCCGGACUUGCUGCCAAGCAGCUUCUUAUUGCCAUCGGCCGCGAAAACAUGCCAUUGGGUCGUUCUGGCAGCUCUGAGAUGGAAGUCGACAAUGAGUCGUCUGCGAAGACACCCAAGAACGGCGCCACGAAGGAGGUCAAGGAAAUCAUUCCCGAGAUUGACAUCUUCCUCGGCAUUCUCAUACAAGUGUAUCUGUUCGACUCGAAGCAGUUCCAGCGCGGUGCCGAGUUCUCGAAGUACCUUGCCGACCGUGUUCAAUCUCUCAACCGCCGGACAUUAGAUUCCCUCUCGGCCAAGGUGUAUUUCUAUUACUCGCUCUUCUGCGAGCAGCUCGCGCCCCAGCCUCCGUCUCCUCAGUCGCCCGUCGUUUCGAUCCGUCCAACUCUCCUGGCAGCUCUGCGUACCGCCGUACUUCGGAAGGACAUUGAUACACAGGCUUCUGUCAUCGUUCUCUUGUUGCGCAACUAUUUGUCGACCUCCCACAUCACCCAGGCUGAUCUUCUAGUUUCUCACACCCAGUUUCCCGAGAAUGCGGUUAACAACCAGGUUGCCCGUUUCUUGUACUACCUGGGACGAAUUCGCGCCAUCCAGCUGCGCUACACGGAGGCACACGAGCACUUGACGGCUGCCACGAGGAAAGCCCCAUCAAGCGCCUGCGCUGCGGGUUUCUCGGCCACCACCACCAAACUGCUGCUCGUUGUCGAGCUGUUGAUGGGUGACAUUCCAGAGCGAUCCACUUUCCGGCAACCGACUCUCGAGCUGGCUCUCCAGCCUUACUUUCUGCUUGUCCAGGCUGUGCGUAUCGGUAACCUGGGUGAUUUCGAGACGAUCAUUGCUGAUCAUGCCGAUACCUUCCGGCGCGAUGGCACGUACACUCUUAUCCUGCGCCUGCGGCAAAACGUGAUCAAGACCGGCAUCCGCAUGAUGUCACUGUCUUACUCUCGUAUCUCGCUUCGCGAUAUCUGCAUUCGUCUGCGCCUCGGUAGUGAAGAAUCAGCAGAGUACAUCGUGGCCAAGGCUAUUCGCGAUGGUGUCAUCGAAGCCACUCUCGACCGAGAGAGGGGCUUUAUGAAGAGCAAAGAGGUCGGGGAUGUAUAUGCGACACGGGAGCCUGGCGAGGCCUUCCACGAGAGAAUCCGUGCCUGUCUGGCCCUACACGAUGAGAGUGUCAAGGCCAUGCGCUUUCCUAUGAACCAACAUCGCCUCGAACUUAAGAACGCUCAGGAGGCCCGGGAGAGGGAGAGAGAGAUGGCCAAGGAGAUUCAAGAGGGAGACCUUGACGAAGAUGACCUAGGCGGCGACUUUGACGGGAUGUAGAUGGGGUUCCCUUUUUUCGUUGUGUUAUCAAACUAUUCGCCCAGUCCGCCCAGGAUAAGUAGGCCCGCGGGUCUACUUGUGACAACGCAUGGGUUUGUUUCUCUCGUAAUAUAUCCGUCGGCCGAGGGGAAGGGGGAGGAGCUUGGGUUCUCGCUUUUUUUGUUCUUUUUCUUUUUUCCCCCUCGGAUAAUAGACCGCUUGAGGUGUGAACAAGCCUGUGUAAGGGUCGUUCCUCUGUUAUGCUGAUGGCGGAGACGGAGGGACACCUCAAGUGGUUUAAAGGGUACGGAGGAUCGAGAGAAUGGGAGAUGCUUUCUUACAAGCACCUGUAGCAUGUAACAUGAGCUGCAUGGAUGCGCUCGAUUGUACUAGAUAAGGCAAUUACUCGGCAUGCAUAUUGGCAAUCGAUAUCUUCAUUACACCGUCUUAUCCUUUCUGGUUGUUGGGUUGGUUGAUU